AAGUUCCCCAUGCAGCUGCUGGGCAGCGACUCCCACACAUGGGUUUCGAUUUCCUAGGCAAGGCUGUGAUGGAGGUGGGGCAGCGAGUUCGGACUCCACUUCCUCUAUGGAGUCACACCCCCCUGUAGUGGGGCAGAAUCUCCAGACCUGACCUACAGGGCCAUCCCUCUACCAUUACAGCAUUCUGAGGCCAGCUAGCAACUAUGGGAAACUGGCUGGGUGGCGAGUCAUCUGCCGGGCCAUCUGGGGGGUCAUUUGGGGAGCCGUCAGCGGGACCAUCCUGGAGAUCAUCCGAUGGGUUAUCCGGCGGGUGGCCUGACUUGCACGCAGUGCCAGCAUACAAGCUAAAAGACUUUAUCGACGCAAAACUCAAACCCAGUGAAGAAUGCCUGAAACUGAUAGACCAGGACGUGGAUGCCAUCUCUGACUUCCUGUGGAGCAGUGAGCUGCCUGUGCGGGGAGUGGCUAAGGGUGGCUCCUAUGGCCGGGAAACAGUCCUAAAAGGCUACUCAGAUGGCACCCUUGUUCUCUUCAUGGGUGGCUUCCGUAGCUUUCGGGAUCAGAAGGAAAACCAACGUAAACUCCUCAGCGCGAUUGAACAAUGGCUGAAACACCACAAGAAAUACUCUACGUCAGUGAGCCUUGGGCAAACCCUUGAAGUCCUACUGUCCGUACAUGGGCAGGAGAUACUCUUGCAGAUCCUUCCAGCCUUUGAUCCUCUAUGUGAAAAUGAGUUUUCUCCCACUCAUUGUUCUUGGGUAGACCUGCAUGUGAGCAUUCCAGGUGUUCCUUCCAUCCCUUCAUCAGUGUCUGAUGGUACUGACACCUUGACUUCCAGGCACGGGGGACAGAGACAUCGUCUAGGCUCCAGCUUCCUGACAGUCUUGUCUCUCUCCCAGUGCCAGGAGAAGUGGAUGACUUCCCCAUCUCAGCGGUUCUCCUACGCCCUGGAGUUGCUCACUGUGUAUGCCUGGGAACAGGGCUGCCAAGAUGAGGACUUUGACAUGGCAGAAGGUGUCAGAACCGUGCUGAGACUCAUCAAGCAGUCGUCAAAGCUGUGUGUCUACUGGAUAGUCAAUUAUGGCUUCGAUGAUGUAACAGUUCGCAAUACUCUUCUGUGCCAACUCAGGUCCCAAAGACCGGUCAUCUUAGACCCAACUGACCCAACCAAUAAUGUGGGCAAAGACGACGGCUCCUGGGAGCUGCUGACAGAGGCGGCUCAGGCCUGGCUGUACUCUCCCAGCCUGAAUGAUAUGUCACCUGCACAAUGCUGGAAUGUUCUGCCCACAUCACUCUUCAUCACCCCAAGCCAUUUACUGGACACGUUCAUCAAAGACUUCCUCCAGCCCAAUGAAAAGUUCUUGGAGCAGAUCAGAAAAGCUGUUAACAUCAUCUGUGAAUUCCUCAAAAACAACUGCUUCAAGGACUCAAGCACCAAAGUGCUGAAGGCCGUCAAGGGAGGAUCCACUGCCAAAGGCACGGCUCUGAAGAAUGGAUCGGAUGCUGAUAUCGUAGUGUUUCUCAGCCCCCUGAAGAGUUACGACUCCCAAAACAAGGAGCGUGCAUUGUUUGUCCAGGAAAUCCAGAGGCAAUUAGAAGUCUUCCGAAAGACCCAGGAGCUGGAGGUGAAGUUUGAGAUUUCAGAGUGGACGGCCCCCAGGGUGCUGAGCUUCACCUUGAAAUCCAGGAGUCUCAACGAAAGUGUUGACUUUGAUGUCCUGCCCGCCUAUGAUGCACUAGGUCAGCGGCAUCCUGGCUUCACCUCCAAUCCCGAAGCCUACAAGGAGCUCAUUGCGUUAUGUAAAUCAUCAGGCAUCAGGGGAGAGUUUUCCAUGUGUUUUACAGAGCUACAGCGCGAGUUCAUUAAACCCCGACCCACCAAACUGAAGAGCCUGAUUCGCUUAGUCAAGCACUGGUAUAAACAGUGUGAAAGGAAAAUGAAGCCAAAAGCAUCGUUGCCCCCAAAGUACGCCCUGGAGCUUCUCACGGUGUACGCCUGGGAGCAGGGCAGCGGCAUGAAUGAUUUCAACAUUGCUGAAGGCUUCCGGACAGUCCUGGACCUGGUCAUCAAAUACCAGCAGCUCUGCAUCUUCUGGACAGUCAACUACAACUUCGAAGAUGAGCCGAUAAGGACGUUCCUACUGACCCAGAUCCAGAAAAAGAGACCAGUAAUCCUGGAUCCAGCUGAUCCCACAGGCGACGUGGGAGGAGGUGACCGCUGGCAUUGGCAUCUUCUGGCUAAAGAAGCAAAUGAGUGGCUCUCCUCCCUCUGUUUUGAACUGCAAAGUGGAGACUUAGGGCAGAGAGUGCAGCCGUGGAAAGUGCCAGUAGUACAGACCCCAGGAAGCUGUGGAGCUCAUAUCUACCCCACUGUGGGUAUCAGAGUUGGAGUCCAUCUCUGGGAUGAAAAUGCUAGAUGAAGCCUCUAGAGUCAACUGACCAUUGAUUUAAAGACUCAAGCCAUGUUACAGAAGGGAGCAGGUCCAGACCUCCCUGGCUGGUCCCCACCUCUCUCCUGCACUCCCAGACGACUCUGCUUGAAAUCAAGACUUUGGAUCUGCUCCCCCACCCCACCCCAGGGUCUCACAAUAUGGACACCCCUCUGUGCAAGUGACCUUCAGAGAUGCUUGCCCCCAAGCAGCGUACUGUGUUCCCAUUCUAUAUGUUUUUUCCCUGUUUCCUUCUCUACACGCCUCUCUUCAGCUCUGGACUCACCCUGUGUCACCAAGGUAGAGCCCCUCCCUUGCCCUUCAUUUCCAACAGUACCAGUUAGCUCUCAGACUCUCGCUGCAUCUUUACUGAGCUCUUCCCUCCAUCCACAGGCCUUUCCUGCCUGUGUGGAAGCAGAGGUGUCCAGCCCAGCAGCCAGCCAACCCUCUCCCUCCACCCCUGCUGUUAAAACCCCUUCUCUUGGGGAAAUGUAAACAACAUGUACCCCUCCUCCUAAGGUCCCGGAACAAACCAAGGUCUGAGGAACCAAGGAGUUCAUUGGGCUUACCUGCAGCAUGUGGGUGAGGGGUCACAGGCGGGGCUGAGGUGACUCUAACUCAUCUGUACUGGAAUGUCCUCACCCACCAUGAACGGUGGCUUCUAGAGGGCUGCCUAGAGGGCACCCUGUCCCCCCAUCUUUCCCCUUAUAUCCUCUAACCCCUCCCAGAGACCACGUGUAAAUAGGGCAGAGCAGCAUACAGAUGGUUGUAACUGGUUGCUGAAUUCUCAAGUAAGCGUCCUUAACCUUCCCACAUCCCUCUUCCAAGGGGGAAGAACAGUCAUCAGGCCCAGCUGCGAUGUUCUAGGACUAGCUGGCUCAGGUCAACUCCUGAAGAUGGCGGUAGUUUGUCUCAGAGGGUAGUUCUAUACAAAGCUUCACACCAAGGGUGGUUGAUACCUCCUGUCUUAGCCUUGAGAGCUGCCCUUACCUUCUUGGCUGCCCAGGGCCCUCACCCCAGCAUUUCAACUAUAUUGGUACAUAAGGGCUUAGCCCCAUGCAUCCUCAUGCAAGGUUGUCCCUUCUCUCCCUGGCUCUGACAUGCUGCCGGCCCCUGUACCACAUCUCAUCAUAGAACCGCAGCACCUAGGGAGUUUAUUGCUAUAGGACUCCUUCGUCAUCUCUGGAUGUAAGCUGAGGUGACUCAAGUUGGGCCCUGAGAGAGUUUCAAGGGAGGGGCUUGCCCAGGCAGGAACCCCAGGCAAGUGAUUAGAGGGCCAGAAUAUGAGACAUGGUGCCCUCGGCAGGGAAGGGGUAGCACCAGAGUUCAAUCCUAUGACCAAUGAUGGGACCAGGCACCCCUAAGUGUUGAGACCCCGUCAACGUCUCUGGAUAAGAAGGUUCUAGAAGUUGUCCCAUCAAUAAACAUCCCAUUGUAUCAAGAAAGGUAACGUCAUGCCUCCGUGGGGACAGAUGCUUCUGGGUCUAGAAAGGUAACGUCAUGCCUCCGUGGGGACAGAUGCUUCUGGGUCUAUCAACUCCCUGGACUUCUACACUACAUAUCACAUUGGCUAAUCAUUUCUAUGCUUUGUAAUAAACAGUGACCUUGGGUGCAUCCUUUCUUCCCUC